AGUUGGCAGCCUGUCCCGUCUGCUGGUCACCGUCACAAUGAAGAUGUUGACGAACAUUUUAUCCUCCGUGCUGAGGCCUCGGGGCGCCGCAGGCCAGCUCUGGGGUCAAGGGUCCGCUGCGUUAAUGUGGACUGACUUCUGGGAGUUGUCUAUGCGGGCACUGGCACCCUUCAUGACCGCAGUGAGGGGCGCAGGGGGAAACAGCACCACGGAAGCGACUUUCGAGACUCGGCCCUACAAGCUGCAUCGCCUGGAGGAGCCGCCCUUGCCCUCCACCACCUGCACAAGAGAUGACGCCCUUCUGUAUUAUCGACAGAUGCAAAUUAUUCGACGUCUUGAGUCAGCGUCGGGGAAUUUGUAUAAAGAGAAGGCUAUCCGAGGCUUCUGUCACCUGUACAGCGGCCAGGAGGCAAUCUGCGUUGGAAUCCGAGCUGCCUUGCGGUCCGAGGAUUCUGUUAUUACUGCGUACAGGGACCACGGCUGGGCUUACGUCAUGGGCUGCUCUGUUGUGGGUGUCAUGGCAGAGCUGACGGGGCGAUCGCAGGGCGUGGCGCGGGGAAAGGGUGGCUCAAUGCACAUGUACGCAAAGAACUUUUUCGGGGGGAACGGCAUUGUGGGUGCUCAAGUGCCUGUCGGAGCUGGCGUAGCGCUGGCUAACAAGUAUCUGGGCCGCAAAGCCAUAUGUGUGUCUCUUUACGGUGAUGGUGCCGCUAACCAGGGCCAGCUGUUCGAGGCUUACAAUAUGGCGAAGUUGAUGAACCUUCCUGCUGUUUUUAUCUGCGAAAACAAUGGAUAUGGCAUGGGAACGAGUGUCGACCGCGCCUCUGCCUCCAUAAAUUAUUAUACUCGCGGAGAUUAUGUCCCAGGAAUAUGGAUCGACGGCAUGGAUGUGCUCAGCGUACGAGAGGCUCUACGCUACAGCAUUGACUACUGUACUACUGGGGGGCCAUCAGGAAACGGUAGAGGCCCGCUGGUGCUAGAGGUUGCCACUUAUCGUUACCAUGGCCACUCUAUGUCCGACCCUGGCACCUCCUACCGCACCAGGGACGAGAUUCAGGAGGUGCGGCAGACAAGGGACCCCAUAAUGCUCUUCAAGGAACGUAUUGUUGGCGCAGGCUUGGCCACUGCGGAGGAGCUUAAGAAAAUCGACGGUGAGGUGCGAAAGGAAGUUGACGAAGCAGUGAAGAUCGCAAAGACAGACAAGGAGAUCCCCAUUCAAGAACUAGCUGCAGAUAUUUAUGUUAAUCCUCAAGAGACUACCAUUCGCGGCUGCACCCCCUUCGACCCCUACACCCACCAGCGCAUCCGGAAGGUCAUCAACUUGCACUAGGGUCACGUUGGGUCGCCUCGGGUCGCCUUGGGUCGCCUCGGGUUGCCUUGGGUUGCCUUGGGUCACCUCGGGUCGCGUUUGGGGUCAUGUUAGGUCACGGUAGUUAGGUCAGGGAUGGUCUCAAUUGUUCAGGUUAUUUAUUUAUUUAUUUUUUUAUUUUUUUAUUUUUUUUUUUUAUUUAAUUGUUUUUUCAGGGUUUUUUUUGUAUUUAUUGUAUUUUUGUUUAUUGAUUUUUUGAUUCGUUUAUUUUUUAUUUAAUUUUUGUCUUGUUUAUUUAUCUUGUCAUUUAUUUAUUUAUUUUUUCAAUCCCGAGUGCCUCUCUCUCUCUCUCUCUCUCUCUCUCUCUCUCUCUCUCUCUCUCUCUCUCUCUCUCUCUCUCUCUCUCUCUCUCUCUCUCUCUCUCUCUCUCUCUCUCUCCACACACACAAUAGAGACCAGUUUCCCUUUACGAAAAUUAUAAUAAAGUCAAUUAUUGUACAUAGCCUUAAAAAAAUUUCGGAUGUAUAUUAUUAUUGUUAAAAAGAAAUGAAUAAAUAAACUGGUGAAUAAAUAUAAGUAAUCAUCUCAA